UCACUGGCUGAUUGGGUUUCAAAUUAAAAUCACAUGAUUCACGAUUGGGCUUCGUGGGCGCAACCUCAUUCUCCGACUCCGUAAUUUCGUUUCCAGCCAUCAUCCGAACUCAAGCCAAAUCAAUCAGAUAAUUCACUUUCUCCCAGCCCAGCCCACUAACCCAUCUGCGAAACCCAAGCCAAAUCAAUCAGAUAAUUCACUUUUUCCCAGCCCAGCCCAUUUAUACUAAUCUACGUAUUGUUGAGACUGAAGCCAAAGCGUACACAGCUUUCUCAUCCCCUGAAUAACCUAAUCGCCGUCUCUCUCAUUUAUCUUUCCCUCAUGGCGAUUCACUUCGUCUUCCCCAAAUCUUCCCGCAAAACGCCUCCGAUGAAAGGGCUGGAACUUCAAUGUUCUCCCUUAAAGCCUCUAUUCAAGAUCCCUACAGACCUUCCACAUCCCACCAUCCGCCUUAUAUCUAGAUGCCUAUUUAUAUCCUCAUGUCUUUUACCUCAGAUCCUACCCUUAUCUUUCUCUCCUCAGAUCGUUAGUUCUAAAUCGUAAUCAUGUCGAAAGAGGCCGCAAUCCGCACCGGCGAAUCUUCUCCUCCCCUCCUCUUCCGACAAGUUUCACCGGGACCCGGAGAUUCCAACAUGCAGUUUCGGCUUCUUCAUUUCUGGGAUGCUCGCAAGAAUGUCAAAGGAGGACCAGGGAUCAUUCUUGGGAUCGAGCUCCUUCUGAUCGACGCAGAGGGUACUGUGGCUCAGGGGUUCAUCGGUCAGAACCGUCGCAACCAAUACGAGAAAGAGCUUAAGCGUGGGAUGAUCUACACACUGACAAAUCAUUAUCAAGCGAGAGAAAGAUCACUCAAAGAAGAGAUGAUAGUGAGUCUCUAUUUCCAGAUUACAAAGGACGCACGUUCCUGAGACAUUUAACCUCCAACGCCUCAAGCGAUCCUUGGUUGGCAGUCUUCUCCGCAAAGCCAGCCAUGAUAUAAACGCAUUAUGUAGAAUAUGUUCCUUGAACCAAAUAGUCUUGUGCCAAUAUUUGUUGUUGAUAGUGUUUAU